AUGAGUGUUUCCAGCAGACUGCUGCUGCUGGGCGCCGGCUGCGUCCCCAGCCUCUCCGUCUGGGCCCUGCCGGCUGCCGCCUUCGUCGCUGUCAUCGCCGCCUGCAUCUCUCUGCGAUACAGAGUGGUGCAGUGGCUGCUGGCCCUGGUGGUGGAGACGCGCCCCCUACACGAGGUGCUGCACGGCCACUACGUGUCGCGGCCGCAGGAGUCCGCCUCGUGGGUGCGGCUGGGCCGGCAGCGGCUGCUGCUGCUGAGGGAUCCACAACUCGCCUGGCAACUGCUGUCCGCCCACUUCCCCAGCUUCCCCGCCAGGGCGCGCACCCAAGGCUACGACGACGGGCUGUUCGCUCAGGAAGGAGAGCAGUGGAAGCGAACCCGAGGCUGCCUGACGCCUUCCUUUACGCCGUCGGCCCUUCGCUCCGCCGAGCCGCAGCUGCGCGCGCACGCCUGCCGCCUGGCCUCGCUGGCUGGCGGGUCUGCAGCCGCUGUGUCGCCGCGGCAGCUGCUGGCCUACUGCACCGACUGCGUCGCCUCGGCGCUGCUCGGUCUGCAGACGCGGACCCUCGAGGACGCGGACGGCUCCUCGCCGUUCCUGGAGGCCGUCCAGCGUGCGCACGACGCCAAGACCGACCCUGGCCGCCGCUUCGUGUUCGAAUACCUGGGUCGAGCCGCAUUCGACGCUCUGGGGCUGGGACAACUGCCCGACAAGAUUGCCAGCUUCUUCAGAUCGGUGGCUGCCGUCAGUAUCGACCACCGUAACAGCAACCCUGUGUCUUCUCACGACUUUGUACAUCUGCUUACGAAGAAGAUGAAGCUGGAGGGCGCAGAUGAUAAUGCUGUCCUACAUGAAGGUAACUACAGGAACGCACUUGCUGAUAACAUCAGAUGUGUGCACACCACGGUAUCACAUUAUUAUGACCACCACACACGUCACACAACAUAUGUCACAUAA